UCCGCCUCCUCCCGCCCCCUCCCCCUUCCUCCCUUCCCUCCCCCUUCCUUUCUUUCGCCGCCGCCGUCGCCGCCGCCCAGCCAGCAGCUGCGCCCUUCAACCCCGCCGCGCUCUUCCUUCCCUCCCUGCCAGAACCUCCCCCCAUCUGGCUUUCAUCGAUCUGCACACCCCGCAGGUCUGCAUCCAUCCUUCAUCUUUACCCCCUCCUCAUCCCUCUCUGAUCCUCUGACAACAUGGCCGACACCGAGCACAAGUCGGACACGGCCCAGGAACCCCAGACCCCCAUCGGCGGUGUCCCCGAGGAGCUCACCCUCCGCGCCCUCGUCUCUACAAAGGAGGCCGGCAUCAUCAUUGGCAAGGGCGGCGCGACCAUUGCCAAUGUACGCCAGGUCGCCAGCUGCAAGGCCGGCGUGUCAAAGGUCGUCCCCGGCGUCCAGGACCGUGUCCUGAGCGUCAGCGGUGACCCCGACGCCAUCGCCGCCGCCUACUCGGAGGUUGCGCGUCUGCUCCUCGAGACGCCCCUCUCCGACUCGUCUCUUCCCCCGCCCCCUGUUGCCGCGUUCACCUCGAUCCGCCUGCUCAUCAGCCACAACCUGAUGGGCACGGUCAUUGGCCGUGCUGGCGUCAAGAUUAAGCAGAUCCAGGACAUGUCGGGCGCCCGCAUGGUCGCCUCAAAGGAGAUGCUCCCCCAGUCGACUGAGCGUGUCGUCGAGGUGCAGGGCGCCCAGGAGGCCAUCAAGACUGCCAUUUUCGAGAUUGCCAAGUGCCUCCUCGAGGACUGGGAGCGCAACACUGGCACCGUCCAGUACCACCCUGGUGCCGCUGGUGACGCUGGCGUUCUUGCCGGCGGCCUUGGUGCGCAGACCGUCACUGGCCCUACUGGUGGCAUUCGUCGCACGUCGAUGGGCGCGUUUGGCGCCCCUGCGUUUGAUCGUCGCGCCUCGCGUGGCUCGGUCUCGACCGGCACUCCGGCCCCCAACGCCGCUGCUGCUGCCGCUGCCUCUGCUGAGCGUCACGCGUCCGAGGCUCCCCAGUCCCCGACGGGCGGCGACGCCAACCUCCGCACCCAAAACAUCUCCAUCCCCAGCGAUAUGGUCGGCUGCAUCAUCGGCCGUGGUGGUUCCAAGAUUACCGAGAUCCGUCGCCUCUCGGGCUCGCGCAUCUCGAUUGCCAAGGUCCCGCACGACGAGACGGGCGAGCGCAUGUUCACCAUUGUCGGCACCCCCGAGUCGACCGAGCGCGCCCUCAUGCUUCUCUACUCGCAGCUCGAGUCUGAGAAGGACCGUCGCGUCGGUGGCGGCAACCCCGUCGAGCCGGCCUAGGUUGAUAAACGGAGCCACGGCGCUCGUCGCGUCGAACAGGUAGACUGGCAUGUGGAUAUCAAUAUCAUCGUCAUCAUUUGGAAGCCACAGUUAUCAGACUCUUCACCUCUUCCCGUGUCCCAUAGCCCUCUCUCCUAUCCAGCCUCUCAACAACCAACCCACACUCCCCCAACCCCUCUCCGUGCUCUCACUCUCCCGUCCUUCUUCACCCAACGCCAUCUCGGUCGAGGGCAAAAGCGAAAUCUACGUGGCCAUUCGUAGUGGAUGUAUGGCAGUCUGAAGUGUA